AUGGCGAUGCGCCCAUACAACCGCGAUCUAUCUAGAGACGCCAACACCCCCAAAGUCGACACCCGAAUCAAGCGCAAGGACGUGAAGGAUGCGAUCGAAAAGCUACACCAGCCCAGAACUACUCGCGCUGUCCAAGCUAACCCCACGAUACAGACGCAUGUCAAUGCUCCCGGCCUAAUGAACCAAUUGCUCUCACUUCCAGGCGAACUGCGCAACUUGAUUUACCACUACACUCUCAACAUCAGCACACCCAGCCAACCCACUACACGCAUCCCCUAUGCUCUCCCCUCAAACGAAAACGAGCACCGGAACCAAGGUCUCGGCCUGCUCCAAGCCAACCAGCAGAUCACCGCAGAAUCACGCUCCUUGAUCGAAGCCCUCGACACCGCGUACAUCCCCGUCACAGGCCGCAUCCCCUAUGGCCAAAUGAUCGAGCAAGUCCUAACCACCGGCCCAUCCUCACUCCCCAGCAUCGACAGCACUCUACUCGCCGGCCUCACUUCCUUCAUGAGCGUGCACAUCCACCUGCACACCGGCUUCCUCCCGGGCAAUCCAUCGCCGCGCCUCGACCCCGCAAGCGCCUUUCUCUACGGCCGUCUCCGCCAAGUGCUCAUCAUCUUCAGCGCCGCAUCCGCCGCUCUAUCAGCCAAACACGACGGGAAAAAGCGCCGCGCGGAUCAGCACACCGAGUGGGAGCUGCGGUACUACGUGUAUACCAGCGAUCAGGCGCGAGAGGAGGUGUAUUGGCCCACGUGGGAUGAAGGGUUGAGGGAGGAGUUGGACGUGGUGGUGGAGAUUUGCGCGCCGUUUGAGAAUGUGAGCGUGAGGGCGGAGGUGUAUGGGGAGGCGGAGUGGAGUGUGGAGGGGGAGAGGGUGGAGGUGACGAGGGAGAUUACGACGAGUGCGAAGGGGUUGGUGAACUGGCCGGAGGAUGUGCCGUGGAGGUUGGAGCCGCCGAGUUUCUGCGCGGUGGCUGAACGGGGCCCUCUGGGAUUGACUGGCGAGGAUAAUAACGCUUGACGAGGUGCUGCAUUUCGAAGAGCAAUGUGAGUUGCCUUCCUUGCGGUGAUGGCAUUCAUCCGUACUGUACAUAAACAUCUUCCUGUAAAGAGGGAUGCGAAGGGAAUGUAGACUCGAAAUCCAACAAUGCUUUGAAGCCAGGCAACGAACUGUGAAUUCGAAAGUAACCAAGAUAGUGAAAGAAACCCCCCGUCAACUUUGCUGAACUCUUAGCUAAUUAGAACCAGUACCGAAGAGCGGGAGCCCGGUAGAAGUCAUCAGUGUCCCAAGUGACUCGCCAGAUAACCGUGAUAUUGAACCGAGCCGUGUCAACCUGAAGCUGCAAAUUUG